AUGAGGAGGAUGACCCCACUGGGCUCCUCAAAGGAAAAUCAGAGUGAGAACUUCCUCCGGAAGCAAGAUGCGUGGCAAGAUAACGGCAGAGCGGGCAACAGCGGCGAUCCUGACCGCAGGAGGUUACCACUCAAACAGGAAGUGGAACGGCCGCCGGCACAUAGUGAACAUUAUAACGAACUUCCAAAUAUUGAUAGUUUGAAUGCAGAAUACCAGGUAGCGACUUUGCUUUCCCAGAUAACACUGCUUGCGACAUUAGCAUCGUGCAGAUCGCCCCCAAAAUGCAACUGCCAGUGCAACUUGAAGUACGAUCCUGUAUGUGCUGUUGAUUCAAAAGGAAUAGAAGAAACAUAUCCGAAUAAAUGUUCUUUUGAAUGCUUUAAGUGUACAUUCAGUAAAACGGAUCUCGUGAUACGAAAGCGAGGAGAAUGCGCCCCUAGAAGACCUCCCAGUCGCAGCGAAAAGCGAAAGCCGGAAACACGACAGUCGAACGCUCUACGCACGACGCCCCCCAAGUGCAAUUGCAAUUGCCCGUUCAUUAGCGCUCCUGUAUGUGCUAUCGACGCAAAAGGAGUCACAGAAACAUAUCCUAACCAAUGCGUCUUCGACUGCUACAAAUGCACACAUGGAAAAGACCUGCGCGUUCAGAGCCAAGGCGAGUGCCCCCCCAACCCACCGCCCAGACCAACGCCCGGAAGCCGCCAGAAACCAGACGCAGGGACAACUGGCCAGAAACCAGGGCGGAACGGCCAGUGCAAUUGCAGGUGCACCUUCGAGUACAAUCCCGUCUGCGCCGGGGACUCGAAAGGAGUCAAAGAGACUUAUCCCACCGCGUGCGCCUUUGAAUGCUACAAAUGCACUCACGGGAAAGACUUGCAGAUUCUCAAUCGAGGAGAGUGCUCAGAAAACCCCCGUCCUAACCGCCCUUCACCAAAUCAGACUGGGAAAUGCAACUGCCAGUGUCCGCUGAAUUAUGACCCGGUUUGUGCUGCAGACUCAAGAGGAAAUGAAGAAACCUACCCUAAUGCAUGUGCCUUUGAAUGUUACAAAUGCACUCACAGAAAAGAUGAGUAUAGUUUUUUAUUACGUAGUGAGGAGGGACGGCGAAUGCCAAAGCAAUUCAUCACGGAACCCGCCGCGCUCCAAGACUCGCACGGCUUGAUGCACCCAGUCAAUCAACCCAUGUGUGUUCCAUCAUCUGAACCAAAAAGAAAACUCGUCUUUCUAGGAGAGAAUGAUUGUAAUAUUGAUUUGUGAUACAGCAAUUGUAUAGCUUUGCCUUUCAUUAAAGAACGAUUUACAAAUGUUAUUCUUCUACAUGUGCCAAUAAAGCAUUUACUGUUCUAAUAUA